CGCCACUUUCCUUUCGUUAUGUCAAUACCCUCACGACUGUUCAGAACAGCAAGACCUGGCUGCGAUGUCAAAGGUUCCAGCUUGAGACUGGUGCACAAACAGACGUCGCGACCGUUGACGUACUUCCGUCGCGUGCCCGGCCUCAGCGAGCAGACGCCGUUGAGAGACACUUCGGAAGCUCAGUCGUUGCGAACGGCACAAACUUCGACAUUACGGCAGACACAAUCCAGAAGCGAAGAUACGCGUACCAGUUCAACCAAAGACUACUUCGUUUACCAACAUGGACGAAAACACGAUUUCUACGAGUAUUUCCUGCAGAAAAGAAAAAUCUCAAAGCCACCCAUCCUAUCGCCAUGGAUUCUAUCUCUCGAUCCCCAUCCCAAGUCACUUCCUACAGAGCUGGAUCAAAACCUCCUAAGAAUUUUUGACGAUACUGGAGCCGACUUGAAUCUUGUGAAGCUAUGUCUACAGACGUUCGUCGCACGGGCACAUCGGGACCACGGCAAUGGCCCAGAAGCACGAGAGCUGUACAAGUCUACCAAGAUUGGCUCCCGAGCGCUGCUCUGGUUCCUCGACCAUGCUUUCGAAACGGUAGACAUUGCGCUAGAUGUUACCUGGCCAGAGCUUCUAGCACACUGUCUAGUCGCUGAAGAUGAUACUCAUAAGCUUCUACACCACUGGCUAACAAUGAAUCAAACUCCCGAGUACGCGGCGGUAUGGGAUGCAAGGGAAUGUAAUCGAUGGCGAAGUACAAUAUUCCGACUGGCCAUCGACUCGAUGGUGUUCUGGGCCAACGAAAUCAGCGCAGGUAUCAACGUUGGGCUGAAGUUUUUUAAUCACAUUACCAAAAAUCCAAGCGAAACAAAUCGGAUUCCCAUUUUUGGCGCUGGGACGACAAUGGACUCAUAUCUUUCAAACUUCGACACAAGCAAAGUCGAUGUGUCGGAGCUCAAGCAGUUCAUGCGGAUGAUGAUGCUGUGGGCCCCGCCAGGGACCAUGAGGCAUUCAUGGGUAACGGCGAGACUGAUGCUCAAUUAUCCUAGCGGUCCUCGGCCCGCAGCCGCUCUGGAUCUGUUCUUAGAUGUCGAUGCCAAUCGGGCAGACUUCUUCAAGACAGGAGACGGUCCUUUCAAUGCAUCAAUCAUGUCAGCCAUGGUGCGCACCGCCCAAGGCCUUCACAGCAUGGGAAGAAAGCGCGAUGCUCGGCGAAUUCUCUCGAUUGGUCGCAACAGACUGCCCACUUACUUCAAGGUAUGCAAGGUGACGGAUACAAACAGGGACAAGUUGAAUGGGCAAGCGGUAAUUCGAGUGCUCGACAUGCGUUAUUCAGAGACCACCGGUCGCUCCCGCCUCAUUGAAGACCAUACGCACGCUCAACGUGCGAUCAGGUCGGAGAUGCUUCGGAACAGGUAAAUGUUCUGAACAAGGAAAUGUGACAGGGACGAAGCUGCAGUUGGACGGUAUCCUACGAUUUUCUCGCAUACUGCCAUCCGAGUGCUUUCCCGACCACUCGUUCUAAACCCACUGCACAGCGGCUUCACGCCUCCUUGCUGUAUGUGCACCCACGGCGCUAAUUCUAUUUCGACACCUCCAUGGCCACGGUCUGAAUACGUUCAAGGGCAUCACCGGAGGUUUCAACAGUGCAGCGAGC